UCAGGUGAGAGAGUGAGAGACUGAGUGAGUGGUAGUGAGAGAGGCAGGAGCAGGUCAAUGAUGACCACACCUGUUUACACCAACAUACUUACACCGUUUCAUCCCCGACACGCCUGGAGGAGGUGGAGAUGUGAGGACUGCGCCGGAGAGCUGUAGUUCGGUUUGAGCGCCGUGUUGUUCGGUUGUCUCUCGGGACUCGUCGCCAUCACUAACUCAGUGUGUUCGGCAGGUAACUCGAUAUCCACCUCGCUCUGUGAACACGAGCUUCGUUUACAGGGCUGAGGGCUGUAGGAGCUAUGCUGUCAGCAGAGGAGAUAUUAUGCAGCACUCGGCAGGUGAUCGCAGGGCUGGAGGCUCUGCGGGCAGAGAAUCGCACGCUGCUGGACAGCCUGCAGGAACAGCUACAGAGCCGGCCGGCAAGUGAGAGCGGCAGCUUGGAGCAGGAGAAGACUGGUAUCGUCUUACAGUCUCUGGAGAAGAUCGAGCUGGGCCUGGGUGAGGCACAGAUGAUGAUGGCUCUCUCAGCACACCUGGGCUCACUGGAGGCGGAGAAGCAGAAGCUGCGUGCUCAGGUACGGCGGCUUUGCCAGGAGAACCAGUGGCUGCGGGAUGAGCUGUCUGCGGCCCAGCAGAAGCUGCAGGAGAGAGAACAGGAAGUGGUUACACUGGAGGAGCAAAAUAAACACCUACAGUUUAUGAGCAGUAUCCGCAAGUACGACCAGGACGAGCCACCAGUGGAGGACAAAGACAACUCCUCAGCCAAGGAGUCCCUCGAUGAUCUCUUUCCUACUGAUGAAGAGGAGCAAACACAAAUGUCUCAGCCCCACAGCAGUGGUGUCGCUGCAGCCCAGCAGGGAGGCUAUGAGAUCCCUGCCAGGCUAAGAACGCUCCACAACCUGGUGAUCCAGUACGCCUCUCAGGGCCGCUAUGAGGUGGCUGUGCCUCUCUGCAAGCAAGCUCUGGAGGACCUGGAGAAAUCUUCUGGACAUACCCACCCAGACGUAGCCACCAUGCUCAACAUCUUGGCACUAGUAUACAGGGACCAGAACAAAUACAAAGAAGCUGCCAGCCUCCUGAAUGAUGCACUGGCAAUACGUGAGAAGACACUUGGCAUGGACCACCCUGCAGUGGCAGCUACUCUCAAUAACCUGGCUGUACUCUAUGGCAAAAGAGGGAAGUACAAAGAGGCAGAGCCCCUUUGCAAGAGAGCACUGGAGAUCAGGGAAAAGGUGCUGGGGACUGACCACCCUGAUGUGGCCAAGCAGCUCAAUAACCUGGCUCUGCUGUGCCAGAACCAGGGCAAAUAUCAAGAGGUGGAGGAGUACUAUGAGAGAGCGCUGCACAUUUACCAGAGUCGGCUGGGUCCAGAUGACGCCAAUGUGGCCAAAACCAAAAAUAACCUGGCCUCUUGCUACCUCAAGCAGGGGAAGUACAGACAAGCUGAAGCUCUGUAUAAAGAGAUCUUGACUCGUGCUCAUGAGAAGGAGUUUGGAUCAGUGGAAGGAGAUGGACGGCCAGUUUGGGUACACACUGACGAGGGGAGCUCUAGACAAGACAGUCUCGGUAGUCUCAAGCGCAGUGGAUCUUUCACAAAGCUUCGGGAGUCCAUAAGGCGGAGCAGCGAGAAGCUGGUUAGGAAGCUGAAAGGGGUCGGAACACCAGAAACGGCCCCUCGCGCUCCUGGAAUGAAAAGGGCCAAUUCCCUCAAUGUGUUGAAUGUGGGAGUGAGGGAGAGUCAAGAGACUGCAAAGAAUCUUAACAGGCUGACAGAUAGUCGCACUCUCAGUUCCAGCACACAGAGUCUGGCCCGACGCAGCUCUUUAAGUGGAGAGGGUUAACCUUGCCUACCAGUUUUCCCUGCACUGCAUAAAUGCUCCUGGUCCAG